UCGUAGCUAUUCUUCCUGCCGAUGUGAUUGUGAAAGCCAAUGUCAGUGCGGCGAUCAAACGCUCCCUGUUAGCUCGUUCUGCUGCUUGUUCGCUACCGUCGAGAUUAACUUUCCUCGUUCAGCUUGAAAACACGCUAGCGGCGAACUGUCCCGAUGGCGGCGGCUGUGAGGAGCAUGAACAAAAUGUACGGAGUGUGCUUCAACGCAGCUCGCCAGACGACCGGACCGAAGGCAUCACGGCUGCUCCAACGCAGAGCCUUCAGAGUCGCUGGCGUGCACCGGCAGCAACCCUUUGACUCAUCACUGGAAAAACCACAAUUCCCAGGAGCCUCAGCUGAGUUUGUGGAUCAGCUUGAGUUCAUCCAGCCCAAUGUCAUCUCUGGCAUCCCGGUGUACCGGGUGAUGGACAGACAAGGCAAUAUCAUCAACCCCUCUCAGGACCCUCAGCUCCCCAAAGAGACAGUCCUGAACUUUUAUCAAAAGAUGACUCUGUUGAACACAAUGGACCGCAUCCUUUAUGAGUCACAGAGACAGGGUCGCAUCUCCUUCUACAUGACCAACUAUGGUGAAGAGGGCACGCAUAUUGGUAGUGCUGCUGCCCUCGACCCAAGCGACAUAGUCUUUGGUCAAUACAGAGAAGCUGGAGUGCUGAUGUACCGCGGUUUUCCUCUGGACAAGUUCAUGGCUCAGUGCUACGCCAACGCUGACGACCUCGGCAAGGGCCGGCAGAUGCCUGUGCACUAUGGCUCCAAAGAUCUGAACUUUGUCACCAUCUCGUCUCCUCUGGCCACACAGAUUCCUCAGGCGGCCGGUGCUGCAUACGCCCUCAAGAGAGAGAACAUGAACCGCGCCGUGAUCUGUUACUUUGGCGAGGGAGCUGCCAGCGAAGGGGACGCGCACGCCGGCUUCAACUUCUCUGCCACCCUGGAGUGCCCACUGAUAUUCUUCUGUCGUAACAACGGCUACGCCAUCUCCACCCCCACCAACGAGCAGUACAGGGGAGACGGCAUCGCCGCUCGCGGUCCGGGGUACGGCAUGCUGUCCAUCCGCGUCGAUGGCAACGACGUGUUCGCCGUGUACAAUGCUACUAAGGAGGCCCGCCGCAGAGCCGUGGCCGAGAACCAGCCCUUCCUCAUUGAGGCGAUGACCUACAGAAUCGGCCACCACAGCACAAGUGACGACAGCUCGGCCUACCGGUCGGUGGACGAGGUGAACUACUGGGACAAGCAGGACCAUCCAAUCUCCAGGCUGAGACAUUAUAUGACGGCUCGGAACUGGUGGAGCGAGGACGACGAGAGGAGCUGGCGGAAGCAGUCUCGCAAGACGGUGAUGGAGGCAUUCGAGAAUGCCGAGAAACGCCUCAAGCCGAAUGUGGAGCUGAUGUUUACCGACGUGUACCAGGAGAUGACGCCUAAUCUGAAAAACCAGCGAGAGUCCAUGUGGAGGCAUGUGAAGCAGUACAAAGAGCACUACCCACUUGACCUGUAUGAGAAAUAACUUUAUUCACAGGAUGAAAAGAGUUGAGUUUUUGGAGGGUUGAAAAUUGGAUUAACUGUUGCACACUUUCACUGUAUUCAUAAAAGUAUAGAUUUGAUAUGACGUGUCAUUUCUUUGCCAAGGUGGAAAGAUUGCGCUUUCAACAUUUAUUGUACUUCAUGCCUACGGGUGUGGUGCCUUAAGUUAACAGCUACUGUCCCAAGUUAAACUCCUCUAAAUGCUAAAUCAUAUUUGUAUCAGAGGGAUUACAAGGUCAAUUUCUUUAAGUGUAGCAAAAGCAGCUGGUGCAGUUUCAAUACAAAAAACCUUUUAUUUUUCCUUUUCCUGUCCGCUGCAGUGAUUAUGGUAGUUUACAGGCUUCCUUGUGCAUCAUCGAGGUGCCUAAAUAACUUGCUAUAGAACUUUAAUAUUUAAAAAUCUAUUCCUGCUCAAAUAUUAGAUGUUAGAUGUCACAUCUUUGGUGUUUUGUGAAGAAUAAACUGAACUUUGAAAACA